AUGACACCUAAUAAAACAUUGAAAUUCAAGGGCAAAAAAUGCAAUGGAGGUAAAAUGUCAAAGGAACGAAUAACGGUUUUAGUAGGAGCUAAUAUGACCGGAACUGUUAAACAAAAGUUACAGUUGGGAAAACAAAAGGAACAAAUUCAGUUGUUAGUAGACAAUUGUCCCGCACAUCCAAAGAUUGAUGGUCUUACUUCUAUGAAGCUUGUAUUUUUGCCACUUAAUACUACAUCUGUGUUACAACCAAUGGAUCAGGGUAUAAUCAGAUCACUUAAAGAACACUACAGAAAGCUUCAAAAACUAAACAUCAUUCGUAACAUCGAGAAUCAAGAUGGAUCACAUGUAAUAAGUUUGUUGGAUGCCAUUCUACUGAUAUCCAGAGCUUGGGAGAGGGUGUCUAUGACAACUAUCAAAAAUUGUUUUAAGCAUGGUGGAUUUAUCCCACAAGAACUUGAUAUUUCAAUCGAAAUUGAGUUUGAAGAAGAGGACAAUUGGCCUUUGAGUCCCUGGGUUAAACAUAUUCAGUCAUAUGAUAACGUUUUUGAUUUAUGUAACUUUGUGACUGCAGAGUUUUUAAUCAACGAACAAAUUAUUGAUUCUGUUCAAAAUAAAAAUGUAGACAGUGAUGAAAAUGAAGAAGAAACUGAAAUUUAA